AUGAAGAACACGGAGCAAUUCCUCCCUCAAGCAACGUUUGUACACAAACGUAUUUCCGAAACCACGGAUUUCGAUGAUACAGAUUUCGAAUUCAGCGAUACGGAGGAAGAAUCUCCGCGAAUGAGUAUGGGUUCCUUUGGCUAUGACAGCAACUCCUCGCUUUCCACUCCAGACCUGCCGACUCCAGACAACGCCCCCAGAGAACCAUUCUCAUGGGAGUUCGACAAGAAAAUUGAAGGCCCUACAGGCCCUCACCUAUUCAGAGACUCGCUGCUUUCUUCCCGCUCAGUCCCGACGACGGAGAUUGAUCUGUAUUUUGAGAGGUCACCUGUCCGAUCCCACACCCAGUUCCAGUUCUCUCAAUCAGAGACUGAGACUCCCAACUCUCGAGACCAAUUCUCUCAUUCAGAGACCGCGACUCCAAACUCACGAGACCACUUCUCUCAAUCAGACACAGAGACUUCCAGCAUGCGGUACCAAUUCUCUCCGCGCACCCCCAAGGCUUACACAACAUUGCAGCCUGAUGUCUCACAUGUGCAGGAAAGUGAGAUCCGAGCGUGGUCACCGAGCCAAGUCGCCCACUGGAUGUUCAUUGCUGGCUACGAUGACUCCGUCAUUGAGAAAUUCAUCAUGAAUGAUAUCACCGGCUCUGUUCUUCUGAGUUUACAGGCCGAUGACCUGAAGGAGUUGGGUAUCAAAUCCUUCGGCAAGCGUCAUCAGCUGAUGGGCUCAAUCGAUUACCUGCGCAACACGAUGCUUAAGGACCCAGUCUUUGAGCAACCCGUCGCUAUCCCGUCUCCAACUCGCUCUCCGAAAGGACGCUCCUACACCAUGUCAGUCUCCCCGACUGGUGAGGUCCUUUCCAGCAGAGUCUAUGACGGCAGUGGCAACCAAAUUACCCCAGCGGAGUCUGUAUCCAUCGUGGGUAUUGAGCAGGUUCUUCCCAAACCGCACAGCUGCUCCAAGGGGGAGAACUGUCCGAAGUACAGAAGACGCCAGCGCCAGCUUGAGAAGCUCGCCGCAGAGUUUCCCGGGGCAGUUAUUCUUCCUGGUGGCUCAGUUCUGACGGGAAACCCCGGAAACCCAGAGACAGCAAAGAACCUUUUGCGACCACAGUCAGAUGCUGAGCCGUCAGUGGUGGCAUCCUCAGACAUCCUUGGUCCAGCCCAACAAACACCCCGCCUCUGCGAAGAGAUGCUGAACGAAGUAAAACGACUCGAUCCCCAGGAGAACGUGCGUCAAUUCCUCAGCUAUCAGCACGUUGAGCCUCCUGCUCUGGCAGAGCCAGAGCUGGUACAGAUGCCAGAAAACCCAGUUCCAACUCUCUCUCCGCCGACCACUUACCCAAAUCACAUGGCCGCCAACCUUCGCAACCUUCCGAAGCUGACGAUCCCAACUGGCACGGAAUCAGAUGACUUGACUACCGCUACGACCGCGACAGCCCAGCGAACCAUCACCCCGUCUAUGGUCAACCGCAUGUAUGGCUCCCCAACUGCGGUUCAGGAAUACGGCCCCUUCAGCACAAUGAGGCCAGUGGGCUCAGACGACUUUUACCGUCAGGGCACCCCGUUCUCCGAGAUGGACGUCCCCGUCAUUCAAGUUCCCGAUGCACCGGUUGCCCGUGAGGCUUCUCAGUCGGUGCCCCCGGAUAUGCGUUACGGAAACCUCAUGAACCUGCGCCAUCAGGAGCCCAUCAUGCGUUCAACCUCCACCCGUCCUCGAGCUACCGCGCCACUGCGUAGAGUCCACGAAGAUUCACCUCUCACUCCCAUCGAGGGUCCCUCGGAUUUGAUCAGGAGUCCCCGUAUGCCUCUGCACACCUCCAGCUCCACCAAUUCCUCCCUCGCUUCAGAUCCCGACGUCACCAAGGCCGGAUGGAUGAAGAAGCGCAAGCAGACACGUUUCCUGCGUCACGAGUGGCAGGACGCCCAUUUCACCUUGCGUGGGACAAAUCUUGCCAUGCACAAGGAUGAGCUUGAUGCUCAUCGGAACUCCAAAGCCUUGGAGGUAAUUGAUGUGGAUGAAUAUGCUGUUGCCUGCUCGUCACUAGCCACCAGUUCCAAAUUGACUGCCGCUUUCAAGCGAUCCAUUCUGCGCAGCGGACAGAAUGCCUCCCGUGACGAUGCUGCAUUUGCCUUCUCCCUCAUUCCUUCAAGCAAGGAAAAUGAGAAGAAGCUGUUAUUUGCAAACCACAACUCGAAGAGUCACCAUUUCGCAGUCAAGACUCGUGAUCAGCGCAUUGACUGGAUGCGGGAGCUGAUGCUCGCCAAGGCCCUCAGGAAGGGUCGAGAAAUGGGUGCUGAAAUGCAAGUCAACGGGAACUUUAUCUGA